UCUAAAUUAUCACACGACGAAUAAAGCCAAAAAGGGUUUUAUAAACAAUUUCAAGUUUGUUCUGGGUUUUGAAGAAAAGGGUUGUUCCAUGGAUGACAUGCUUGAUUCUGAGAAAGUUCUGGCCUGGCUUUGGGUCAUCGAAGCCAUGGCAAGCUUCAAAGAAGUGGGACCAUCACUUUUACAUGAUGUAGUACAAUCGGCUCCAGAAUUACCUGAUGAUUUGGGAAAGAAUACACGAGAAAUGAUUGCUUUGAGAUGUUUGGAGGACUUCAUUGCUCCUCAAGAUGGAAUCACAAGCGAUGCUCCUUCUGCCGCGGGUUCGAAAGUCCAGUUUGAUUUAUCGGAAGGUUGCCAAGAUGUUCUCCAACGGAUUUUGCAAGAGACUUCAGUGUCAAAUUUGAGAGCAGCUGGACUGGAGUUGUCCAAGUGGGAUAUCCACCCCUUCAUUCAACACAAAAGGGCAUGUUUGCCCAAAUGUGCUUUAGAGCAACUGAAAGAUGCAAUUCUCAAUGGUACGCAUCAGUAUGCUGAUUUCUUAAGGGAAAAGAGUGGAUUGGCGUCCACAAGUCGGGAUAAUGGAAUUUGUAGGAAUGGUAAUAACCGUGAUUCAGUUACUUCUAGGCCUAACUUGAACCACUCUGAUGUUCUAAACAUGAGAGUUGGAGUAAACUCUGAUCCUCUUAUCAUUGAGAACAGGAAUAACCAAUUGGGAGAUAAUGUCUUACCUUCUAAGAGGACUAGGCCUGACUUGGCUGAUAAAGAUAUGGCCGGAUUCCAAGAAAACUGUAAUGAAACAAACAAUUUUGAUGUUCAACAUAUAAGUUCUAAAAGGGUGAAGCAGUAUGCAUCUUCUGCUAAUGAGUCUGCGGAACAGAAUUCAGUUCCUUUACAUGGUAGAGAACCACUAAAAGAUUCAUCUGAAGUGAAUGUUCCGGUUGCUACAACGGGGCAUGACUUGGCAGAAAGUGAGAUGGGAACGAUGGACGAAGGCAGGGUUUUAGAGGAUCGCUGCAAUGAGUGUGCUGUCACAAAGAGGUCUCAGAAAAGUAGUAAAAAUGGAUUUCAUAAAAAUCUGUCAGAGGUUCCUUGUAAUGCCCCUCAGAUGCCUCAAGUCACCAGUAGAGAUGAAGGACAUCAGAAUUUCUCUGUUGAUGAAGCCCAAGGUGAGGCCGAGUAUUGUGCCCAACCAACUGAGGCUUUUCAGUCUUUGGAGCAGAAACAGGUUUCUAUACAUGGAAAGCAACCAUUGGAAGAUUCAUCCCAACGAGAUCUUCUGGCAAAUGUGGAGGAACGCAUGGUUUUAGAGGAUGGUCUUGAUGGGUGUAGUGUUUCAAAGAGGUCUGAGCAGGUUGAUAAGAGUGACUUGCCUAAGAAUGAUUCAGAGGUUCCCCAUAAUGCCCCCGAACCAAGUGGCGCCUUCGCUGCUGAAACUGCACAUAAGAGUCCAACUAAAGAAUCCAAAAGCAGCUAUGAGCAUGAUUUGCAAUUUCUAGAACCAAAUUCUGCAUCCUGUGAUCGGUUGCAGCAGGAGAUUAUUGCUGGUGAAGCCGAACAGGACAUAAACAAUUGUGAUGAAGAACAAACGUCGAGUGAUAAUGAUGAGCAUAACAAUGAGUUGAAUGAUUUAGCCAAGAAAAAGCAUGAGUUUUUAAGCUCCCAAUGCACGGAUAAUCAUGAUUCCAUGGUAGUUGACUGGACAGAGCAAAAUCUAUGCAUGAAGUUUAAUGAAGACGGCCACUUGUUGGUGUGCAAUACUAAUAAUUGCCAGUUGGUGGUUCAUGAGAAAUGUGUAGGUUCUCCGGCAACGCUUGACGACAAGGGCAACUUCUACUGCCCUUUUUGUGCAUACUCUAUUGCUAUCAAUGAAUAUCUUGAAGCUAAGAAGAGCUCUUCCUUGGCACGUAAAGAACUAGCUGCAUUUAUUCGUAUGGGUUCAGAACAUCGACCAAUGGAGGACACGAACGUUUUAAAUAAGAAAAAGUCUCAUUAUGCCGGUGGGAAUGAGGAUGAGGUUUUCCUUGGAAAAACCCAUGAGAAUGAACAGGUGGGAGAGAGAGAGCAAAAUGAAGCUAAUCAAGUUGAAACAAAUGUAAACAUAGAUGACAAUAACCAGCAAGCUGAAUUUUCUCCACCACGUAAUGAUACUUUCAAUUUAGGGCACAGAGAAGAAAGGACAAGUAUAGAUAGCGAGAUGCUUCAUGUCACAGCUGGUGAAAAAGAAGGUGAAGAAAAGGUGCUCGAAGAGUGCCCAUCUGAAAGUGGAACUGAAGGAGAACAAGAUGAAGUACCGGGGAAGAGUGAUGUUGUAUCUCAUGCAAAUACCGACACGGACCUUGUGAAUCAAGGAAUUGAAGAUUUACGAGUUCAAAGGGAAGUUUUAAAAGGACAAGAAAUUAAUGCAUCAAAAAGAUUUGUUUAUGAAUUCAAUAUCAAUUCCGAUGAUGAGGAUGAUUAUGAUGACAAGUUAACCAUUUCUAAUUACUGCGUAAAACUGCGAGGGAGAGAAGUUCCGUGCAAUUUCCGGGGAAUCCCUCAGUCAAGGCGAAAGAAGGUUCCAUGGACAGUAGCUGAGGAAAAGAAGCUAAAGGAGGCUAUACAGAAAUUUUCUCAUGAAAAAAAGAUACCAUGGAAGGAAAUCUUGAAAUUUGGCGACUCUGUGUUCGUGAAAGGUCGUACCACCGUAGACCUUAAGGAUAAAUGGAGGAACAUGUCUAAAGGGACUCCAAAAUCAAAAUGAACCGGAUUCUACUAUAUUUUGAUGCUGAAAGCCCGCAACCACACGGCAGAUUUCUCUUCUUGGUUCGCUUUUGUUGAAUGCUUGGUUGGUUUUAUUUGGAAGAAAUCAGCAUUAAUAGUUCGAGGAAAGUUAGAUGAAGAUCUUAUGUAAAUAAACCCCUUUUGUUUAUAUUAUCAAAAACUCCUUUUGUUUAUCUAAUGUAGUUGUCUCCUAGGCAUAAUAUGUUGAUUUGACCUUGUAAAGUUCAAGAGAAAAUAGUUGCUGGAUGUGGUUGCUGUUGGUUAACUUGUUAUUAAGAAGCCAAUUGCAUGGUCUUCCUCUCUCA